GGAGCUACAGCGACUCUCAGACACUGUACCGAGGGAAAAAUAAGAACAAGGCAUCGGACUCACUGUGGAGUUUGUGUGUGAAUGCUAAAAAGUUACGAUUGGAGAAGCGAAAAUGAGACUUCGGUCUCAAAGAACCGUUGCAUAUUGCUCGGAGACGCCGGGGAGCAACCGCCGAAGGUCCAACAAAGCGACGCCGAGAGGUACGCGCUUAUCUGGGACGGAAAGCCCCCUUCAGACCAAGGAUGACGAGACAGUGGACGAUAAUUCCCACCACUCAGAUGACGAAAUUCCCACAAUGACAAGACGACCACUGCCUCGUGGACGAGCAAGGAAGAGAGCCUUUGCUGUUGACGACAGAGAAACAGAUUUGGCCUUCAAGACUCCGAUCAGGCCCAUCAUGCGCCACCAUGAGCGUAUCUUGUCAGAAAUUGACCCAGUGUCUCCUCGCAAUACAACAGCCAGGAACAUCUACUCACCCAUCGUUCGUUUCCUUACACCAACCAAAGAGAAUAUGAAGCGUCCUGGUACUGGAACCAGCGUAUUGAUGAGCCCAGAACAAGGUGUAUUUGGUUUUGGCUCCAUUGACCUCCUGGCUGGAGAAGAGGAUGAUGACAUCUUCAAUCCCUCCACAUUCAUCAAAAACAUACCGUCACAGUCUCAACAUUCCCUACCCCAACUCAGAGACAUUCCCCCCAAGACCAGAAGCACUCCAGAGGCCACACUGGUGGUCGACCUGGAGGAGACCCUGAUGUUCAGCUCUCUGAAUGUGAUCGAGGAUGCAGAGUACACCUUCAACACAGCCUUCCAGGACAAUCAGUACAAGGUGUAUAUGGUCCUACGACCACAUGUUAAAGAGUUCCUGCAGUCCAUGGCAAAAAUCUAUGAGCUGUUUGUUUACACAUGUGCAAAGAAGGAAUAUGCUGAAAAGAUACUGGACGUUCUGGACCCGCAGAGGAAACUGUUUCGACAUCGUCUCUAUCAGGAUGACUGUGCCUGCGUUCUGGGUCACUACAUCAAAGAUCUCAGCAUUCUCGGGAGGGAUCUCGCCAAGACGGUCGUUUUGGACAAUGCACCCCACACAUACCCGUACCAUCUAAUGAACACGAUUCCCAUCAAGAGCUGGGCCGGGCAGUCGGAGGACAGAGAACUCCUGAAACUCGUCCCCUACAUGGAGAAAAUGUCUGCAGCGGAGGAUUUUCGGGAGGUGCUGAAGAAAAGGAAGGAUCACUUCCACAGGCUGCUGUCAGAGGACUAACAGGACUCUCCAGCCCUCCCACCCUUAAACUACUUUAUGUGACUUUCACAGCUCAUGUUUGCUUUCUCUAUGCUUUGGCUAAAAGCAGAAUCCAGUAUGAACUAGCUAACCUUUUGUGGCGGACCUGCUCUCUGUCCUCUCCUCUCCCUGAUGACUUUAAAGGACGGCAGAUUGGUAUUUCAAACAUGCUGCUGGUCGUUCGUCACCUAAACCCCAUUUCUCUGAGACUCAUUCCACAGGGCAAUAAACUGCUGCCCAGAGUUUGUGUGUAUAUAUAUGCAAGACAAAACUUGAAAUACGAUGUUUAUAGUUGUGAUUUUUUUAUUUAUUGAUUAUAUUGCUAAUCAACGGCUGUUCUCUCUGUAUAUUUUAGAUAUGCUUUUUUUAUGCAGUAAAAUCAUCCUGAUAAUAAAUGAGAAAAUAAAGCACCUUUUGUCAGUCAUA